UCCCCAAAGAGAAACCAACCUAAAAUGAAUAUUUUUACAAUAUUUGCGUGGAUCUCACUCCUUUCGUCUUACCUUUGUAUUUCGGAUUCUUCUUCGGACAUCUCAAAGGUGUUCGAAACAUGGUGCAAAGAACAUGGGAAGACAUACGGUUCAGAGGAAGAGAAGCUGCAGAGGUUGCAAGUGUUCGAGGACAAUUAUGAAUAUAUGCAGCAACAUAACAGUAAAGGCAACACUUCUUAUAGCCUUGGUCUGAAUCUAUUUUCUGAUCUGACUCACGACGAGUUCAAAGCAUCCUACCUCGGUGGAGUUAGUAUUUCUGAUUCGCUCGGUGAUAGUAAUAUAGAGUUACCAUUUCCCGAUUAUGUCGACGCUAUUCCUGCAUCCGUAGAUUGGAGACAGAAAGGGGCUGUGACUGGGGUCAAAUAUCAAGGCGAAUGCAAUGUUUGCUGGGCAUUCUCUGCAGCAGCAGCUAUUGAAAGCAUAAACAAGAUUACGGGCGGACCUCUGGUGGACGUGUCCGAACAGGAGCUGGUUGAUUGUGCUAGUCCGCGUCCUCGUUGUGCAUCCGGCUGGAUGGAUCCCGCGUUCCAGUUUGUGAUAAGGAACGGUGGCAUCGACACUCUCAAAGAUUAUCCAUAUGUGGCAAAGGCAAGCUCAUGCAAUAAGGACAAGCUGAAGAAGCACGUAGUGACCAUCGAUGGAUACACAAAGGUCCCCAAGAACAACGAGCAGGCACUGUUGCAAGCUGUUGCAAAGCAGCCUGUAAGUGCGACUCUGUGCAGCAAUUCUAAAGAGUUUCAGGAGUACAACAAGGGUGUUUUCACUGGGCCAUGUCUUGCCUGCGCCGGUCAUGCUGUAUUGAUCGUCGGAUAUGGUUCCGAAGAUGGAAAAGAUUAUUGGAUUGCGAAGAACUCAUGGUCCCACAAAUGGGGAAGAGAUGGUUAUAUUUACCUCCAGCGCAACACCGGCGAUCCCAAAGGCCUCUGCGGUAUCAACAUGUACGCUUCCUUUCCGGUCAAGAACUCGAAAUCCAAAUCCAAUCCACUGGUUUCUUCUAUUUGAAUACAAAUAGCUUCCAACAUAUCUCUAUUUAAAUAAGUGAUCAUCUUUUUACUCUAAAAGAUAAUCACACUAUCUUUUCUAUAUUGAAAAACCAUGUAUUUCCUGUGUUAUUGUUAUCUGUACAUAUGUUAUGUGUGUAAGUCUUAUUAAUAUUAUCAUGCCCUAUAUUCUACUUGCUUACAA